AUGUUCUAUGAGUCACCAAAAGCCCAUGGAAAAUUCCAUUCAAUGCAUGAUCAACCGCAACCAUCACAAAAUCCUUUAAAAAAUUCACACUCGAUUACUGAUUAUUGUGAGAUGAUCUCUAGCAAAGCAAAAACUAUUUCGACAGCUGAAUUAACACGUUUUCUUGAUAAAUUUGUACGUCAACUAAAAAAUUCUCGUGGUGAAGAACAACUUGGAAAACUCAAUGAUAUUCUUUAUGCAAUUAUACCUAUUAGUGCAUCAAUAUUAGUAUCAGUUGCUCAGCAUACAUUUUUUACUUUAUUACAAACACCAUUUGCUGAAAUCCUUCAGUCAUGGAUUGAUAAGUCUCAAUUAAAUGAGGAUCAAUCAUUUUUGUUUCGGGUUAUACCUAAAUUAUUAAAAAAACUAUUUAAGAAUACCAAUGAUAUCGAUUUCUAUCCAUCAUGGCCAUUCGAUUCAUCAUUUAUAAAGAUUAUUGGUAGUUGUCUUACAAAUAUAUCGAAACCCAAUAAAAAUAUUUUUGAACACAGUCAAAUUGAAUCAAAAAAUUUUAUACGUUUAUUUAGUAUUUAUAUUGAUCAUCUAGAAAGAUUGAAUAACAAAAAUAUUUCUCAUGACGAUANCUGCGUCGAUCUGUAUGUGUUCGAUUACAAAAUAAUCAAUCUUUGGUCAUAA